AUGCUUUCCGUCUCUUUGACCUUUAAAUGUUGAACAUGCUUUUCGUCUGAUAUUAGUGACAUUCAGCAACUGUUCUGAAAGUUGUCGUUGUAAUAUUUGUUACUAUAACAUUAUCUUGGAUUUUAUUGGAGCUCAAUUCUUACCGGUAUAGUUUUUUUUAAAUCGUAUCUUAAAAAAACUGUAAACGAACUGUAUGGUUGUAGGUUUUAGAAAUACGUAGGUGCUGUGCUCGUCUAGUGAUGUCAGUGCACUGCAGGUCUGUCCUUUUCUCCAUUCUCACCCGAAACGUCAGGGGGAAACUGCAUUCUUCGAGGAACACAUCAUGGUCUGAUAAUUCUAAUGCCCGAUUUGCUUACUGUCACUUUGGAAACCAAAGUGGACCUCGUGUUUACCAACAUGGGUCACCUGCUCAGCAUGCAAGGAAAUCCGUGAUACAGUCCCGCUGUUUCAGCCAGACUGGUUUUCCUUUUAAAGAAGAUGAAUAUCCUCCUCUUCCUGACUAUGAUGACAAAGCAGAAGCUGGAGCUAAGGAAGUGUUUAUUAUCCGAGCAAGAGGUCUUCCCUGGUCUUGUACAGUAGAGGAUGUGCAGAACUUCUUCUCAGACUGCAGAAUUCGAGAUGGUGCUGAUGGAAUACACCUAACACUGAACAGAGAUGGAAAGCCAAGUGGAGAAGCAUUUAUUGAGCUGGAUUAUGAGGAGGAUGUCCAAAAAGCUUUAGAAAAGCACAGGCAGUAUCUGGGUCCGCGUUACGUGGAAGUGUAUGAAGUGACAAACAGUGAAGCAGAGACGUUUCUGAAGCAGUCUGUGGAUUCUCCUGUGAACGAUGGAGUUGUGCGUCUCAGAGGACUCCCUUUUAGUUGUACUGAAACAGAUGUCAUUCACUUUUUUGAAGGUCUGGAUGUUACAGCAAAUGGAGUUACAUUAGUUACAGAUCGCAGAGGGAGAAAUACAGGGGUUGCUUUUGUAGAGUUUUCUUCACCAGAAAUGGCAGAUCAAGCUUUACUGAAGCACAGGGAAACAAUGGGCAGCAGGUAUAUUGAAGUGUUCCCAAGCAGUAAGAUUGAGAUCCAAACCCCCAAUGGCCCACAGAAAAAGAAAAUGGAGGCUCGUCCAUCAGCACAGGAUACUUUCUCCAGUAAAGCAUCCAGAAGGUUUCAAGAUAUCAGGGAUGCACCCCCAGACUAUAAAAGCAGCGGUGGUCCAAUGUCUGAAUCAAAUAUAAAUCCCAAAACCAGUCUGUCUGUUCACAACAUACAUAUGAGAGGUUUGCCGUUUGAAGUUACUGGACUAGAUAUUGUAAACUUUUUCUCUCCACUGAAGCCUGACAGAAUUCACAUUGAGUUUGGCCCUGAUGGGAAAGCCACCGGUGAAGCAGAUGUGUAUUUUACCGCUCAUGAAGAUGCAGUGUCAGCAAUGUCCAAAGACAGAUCACACAUUCAACAAAGGUAUAUAGAACUGUUCCUGAAUUCUGGAUCAUAAAACCAGUGAAGAUGAGUCCAGGUGUGUCCAGGAGUUGGGGACAAUAUCUGAGAAGACAGCAAUGUUCCUGGACAUAAUACCUGCUUAUAAAAAAAGUAAAAACAUAAACGUCUUCUAAUGUAUAGCAGCUUCGAAACUACUGUAUUUAUUACUGCUGCCUUUUUCAACAUAAUGACCCCCCAACAAAGCUGUAAUUGAUAUGCUUGUGUUACAGAGAACCAUUUGGCCAGAUAAUAGAACGUUAGGGUUAGGAUGUAAAUUUACUGAGCUUGAGACACAGAACAUUAAAAUACUGUCACCUUAGAGUGUUGCAUUUGUGUAAUUCUUUAAAUUCUAGAGAAAUUCUCCGAUGACUGGAAGAUACCAGGUUAACCCUUAUAAUACAGGGAUUCAUUUUUUCAAAACCACUUGUAUGAUUUGAUUUAGAGCUCCAAUCAAUCUUCUUCUAGAACUUAACUGGAUGUGGCUUUGAUUGAAAGGCAUUUAGCCCCUUUUUACAGGAGUAAGAAAUGUAAAAAUAAAUUCAUAUGGAUAGCAACAAGCCUAUUCUGCCUUGCUUGUUUUAUUUGCCAUGUGUUAUUUUGUGUCACAGGUUUUUACAAAAAAAUAAAAAAAAAACAACAGAUUUUAAUAUGUGCUAUAUCCAAAGUAACUAUUCUAGAGUUUAAAUGUUAAAUUGAUUCUAUUUUAAACAAUGCAAGACUGGAAACAAUCUGCUUAUUGUUGCUGGAAACAAUUGGUGUAAGAUUAACAAAAUGGGUAAAUCUUGUGGCAUAAUGUAUUUUAUACAUGUUAAAACUCAUGAGGAUGGAUUUUAAUGUUAUAUUUACAAAAAUGGGUGUUGUUAAGGCACAGAUACAUGACUAUUGCAUAGUUUAGAAAAAGGUGGUGUUCUAUUUUAAAUGACUAUUUUCCACAAAAAAAGUCAUAUGAAUACACAGGUGGUAAAUAGAAUGGUAGUACCUCAAACUUCACUUUUUUCACUGGCUUUAAGUUUGUGUUGUGGGAAUAUUUAAACAGUUUGUCAUCAGUAUUUAGGGGGUAAAAUCCAGGCCUUACUGCCAUCCAUCCUUGUUUUUAUGCAAAUGCAACAGUGGCUGUAAAAUAUACUACUCCCUUUACUAAACCACCAGUUUGAUUGCAACCCCCUGGGUACGGACUACCUAAUGUUACCGAAGAGGUUUUUCAAGAUCGGUGGAGCAGUGCUCUCACUCUGGGAGUGCAGUAUGUAUAUGGCUUUCUAGAUAAAUAAUAAUCAACAGAGCUGCCAUUGGAUGUUUUAUUCGGGAGGUGAAACAAACCAAAAAAAUACUAUCCUUUUACUGUACUGUCUAGCAUUGUAUGUGCCUAAAAUAAAAUCAGGAACUACA